AUGGGGCAGGCAAAGACAAAGCUGAACAUCAUCAUCUGUGGGCUGGACAACAGCGGAAAGACCACGAUUAUCAACUUCAUGAAGCCGGAGGACCAGCGCUCCGAGAACAUAGCAGCCACAGUGGGGUACAACGUAGACAGUUUUAAGAAGGGAAGAGUGCACGUCACGGCAUUUGACAUGGGCGGAGCUCAGAAGUUCCGCGGGCUAUGGGAAAGUUACUACAGCAACGUUGACGGCGUCGUGUUCGUGAUCGACAGCAGCGAUGCACUCCGCAUGUGCAUCGUGAAGGACGAGCUAGAGCAGAUGCUCCACCACGCCGACCUCAAGACAGCCAAGGUGCCAUUUAUUUUCUUCGCCAACAAGAUGGACCUCGCAGGGGCGAAAACGCCCGUAGAGCUGACGCAGAUUCUACAGCUGAACAGCCUCAUGGGCGAUCAUCCCAUGAACAUCUUCGCCUCCAACGCGCUUCAAGGUGAAGGAAUCGAAGAGGGGAUGGACUGGCUGCAGUCAAUGAUGCUGCGUCAGGCAGUGCUUUCAAAGAAGAAGUGA